AUGGCGGUGGCUGAAAACGCAGAGGGAGAGAAAUGGACCUGUGGAUCUGGGGGUACUACAUGUGAAAUCACUGACCUACCGUGUGGUCAGAUGUUCAACGUUUAUGUAUCUGGAAAGGAUGGAGACUGCAUGGGAGCAAGGAGCAACGUGAAAGUCAUUGAAACAGCUCCAUGUGUACCACAGCAGAUCACAAAAGAGCUGGACUGUCCCACUGGCGCUCUCAAUGUCAGCUGGGAAAUUAAGGGGAUUAUGCCUCUAUCUGUAGAGUAUUAUGAAUAUGAUCAACGUGGUGGAGUCCUCAUAUGCUUUAAACUUGGUUGUCACCCAUCUGACGGUAACUGCAUGAUACCAGACCAACAGUGCGGCAGUAGCUUCGACUUUAAACUCAAGGCAGUGGGGACAAAAUGUAACAGUUCUCGCAGCGCCCCUCAACCUAUAACAACAGCUCCUUGCCCCCCGAAGAGCUACGAUACGACUGUGGACUGUGCCUCUGGGGUGGUGUCAGUCUCGUGGACGGAUGGAGCUGUUGGAGUGUUGUACGAGGUGACCGCAGUGGGGGGAGAUCUGGUGGAGCACAGAUGUUCGAGCUCUAAUGGAGGCUGCGAUCUGGACAGUCUUCAGUGUGGGUCUGAAUACAACUUCACCAUCACGCCUUCACGGGACGGCUGUGUGGGCCUCAGUAGCCCUCCACGAACGUUCUCAACAGUUCCUUGUGUUCCUCAGCUGAAAGAGGUGGAUAUCGACUGUUUGACAAACUCAGUGUGGGUGACGUGGACCGAGGCGAAUGGGGCGGAGGAUUACGUCAUCACAGCCACAAACUCUGCAGGGGUCCAGACUUUUGAAUGUAACGCCACCUUGGACAACAUGUGCAUGCUGCCCCAUCUGGCCUGUAGCAUGAACUUCACCUUCACAGUCCAAGCUCAAGACUAUCAGUGCUCCAGUGCUCACAGUAAUGCGGUCAUGGCCGAAACAGGUCCCUGCUCUCCUGUGAACCUCGUCAGUCAGGUUGAUUGUGAAGGAAACGUCAUCUCCAUCUCGUGGGACACAGUUCCUGGAGCCGUGUCCUAUACCGCCACCCUAGAAGACUUUAACGGAAAGACAGACUGCUGCACCUCUGCUCAAAACAGCUGCGAUAUUGGUAACCUACCAUGUGGACAGAUGUACAUUCUACUGGUGACCGCGGAGGGGAGAACCUGCAACAGCUCUGAAAGCAGAGGAAUGGCUCGCACAGCGCCGUGUGUACCAGAAAAACUGGACUACCGUCUGAACUGCGGGAACAACCUGGCGUCCAUGUCCUGGAACCAUAGUUUGGGAGGACAGCUGUACUUUGUGACCGCAGUGAGUGACAAUAACUACGUGGACCAGUGCUACAGCCAUGAAAACCACUGCGAACUGCGCAACCUGCAGUGUGGACAGACUUAUGCCGUAAACGUCACAGCAGAAGACAUGGACUGCUCCAGCAAACCCAGCGACAAUGUUUUUAUUAAGACUGAUUUUAGGAUGUGA